AGCCCAUGGUGGAUACAGCUGACAGCUUGAAGUCCCUUCCAUUUACCCGUGAGUGGAGAACUACUGUGGGGAAAAAGGAGUCUAUUUCGGCGCUGUUUCCAUUUCCACUUCUGACGCUGACGGGGGAGAUUCACGGCGCUCCGAGAUGAUGGCCUGGAACCAGGGUGGCUUCCUGUCCGCCUGUGAGCUCGCGCUCAUCCUCUCACUGCUCCUGGGGGGGCCAGGGGUGACCAGACAGGGCAGAGCGCAGGGAAGGCACCGCAACAAAGGUGGCUCGCGACUGCGCCAGGAGGACUCUCCUCCCCGGAUCGUGGAGCACCCGUCCGACCUGAUCGUGUCCAAGGGCGAGCCGGCCACGCUCAACUGCAAGGCGGAGGGCCGCCCGGCGCCCACGGUCGAGUGGUACAAGGACGGCGAGCGCGUGGAGACGGACCGCGACAACCCGCGCUCCCACCGCAUGCUGCUGCCCAGCGGCUCGCUCUUCUUCCUGCGCAUCGUCCACGGCCGCCGCAGCAAGCCCGACGACGGCACCUACGUGUGCAUCGCCCGGAACUACCUCGGCGAGGCCGUCAGCCGAAACGCAUCCCUGGAAGUCGCAUUGCUGAGGGAUGACUUCCGCCAGAACCCCCAAGAUGUGGUGGUGGGUGGGGAGUCGGCCACCCUGGAGUGCCAGCCACCGCGGGGCCACCCGGAACCCACCAUCUCAUGGAAGAAAGACAAAGUCCGGCUGGACCUGAAGGACGACCGCAUUACUGUCCGUGGGGGGAAGCUGACGAUUGCCAACACACGGAAGAGUGACGCAGGGAUGUAUGUGUGUGUGGCCGCCAACAUGGUGGGUGAGAGAGACAGUGAGAUGGCCCAGCUGUCUGUGUUCGAGAGGCCCACGUUUGUGCGGCGGCCAGUGAACCAGGUGGUGUUGGUGGACGAGAGUGUGGAGCUGAGGUGUCAGGUCCAGGGAGACCCCUCUCCUACUCUGCGCUGGAGGAAGGAUGACGUGGAUGUGCCUCGAGGAAGGUACGAGGCUAAGUACGAGAAGGAGGACUUUGUGUUGCGGAUUAAGAAGGUGACCGUGGGGGACCAGGGUGCCUUCACCUGCGUGGCGGAAAACCGGGUGGGCAAAGUGGAGGCGUCGGCCACACUCACCGUCCGAGCCCGUCCAGUGGAAGCUCCCCAGUUUGUGGUGCGGCCACGGGACCAGAUAGUGGCUCAGGGUCGCACGGCAACCUUCCCCUGCGAGACCAAAGGGAACCCGCAGCCCACCGUCUUCUGGCAAAGAGAGGGGAGCCAGAGUCUGCUGUUCCCCAGCCAGCCGUCUCAGCCAGACAGCCGCUCGUCUGUGUCCCCGAGCGGAGAGCUGACCAUCAGCUCGGUGCAGCGCACUGACGCCGGCUACUACAUCUGCCAGGCCCUCACCGUAGCAGGGAGCAUCCUGGCCAAAGCCCUGCUGGAGGUGUCCGAUGCGAAUAAGGACCGGCCCCCGCCCAUCAUCCGGCAGGGACCGGCCAAUCAGACGCUGGCGGUGGAUGGCGUGGCGGUGCUGGGGUGCCAGGCGUGGGGGGACCCCGAGCCCACAGUGACCUGGCUGAAGGAUGGGGUCAGCCUGCUGGGCAAGGACCCCCGCAUGUCCCUGCUGGAGCCCGGCAGUCUGCAGAUCAGAGGCACCAAGCUCUCUGACUCAGGCCUGUACACUUGCCUGGCAACCAGCUCUACAGGGGAAACCUCAUGGAGCGCCUUCCUGGACGUGCGAGAAUCCAGUGAGCUGCCAGACUCAGUCUCCCACAAUGCAUCUGCCCUGCCAGGGCCUCCCUCCAAGCCAGAGGUCACUGAUGUCACCAAGAGCAGUGUCUCGUUGUCGUGGCAACCGGGGCCCGAGGACGGCUCCCAAAUUUCCUCCUAUGUCAUAGAAGCCUUCGGGCAGCUCGUGAGUAACAGCUGGCAGACUGUGGCGGACCAUGUGAAGAGCACCCAGUUCACGGUGAAGGACCUGCGGCCUAACACUGUGUACCUGUUCAUCAUUCGUGCUGUGAACGCCCAGGGCUUGGGAGACCCCAGCCCCAUGUCCGACCCUGUCCGCACUAAAGACAUCAGCCCUCCUGUGCAGGGUGUGGACCACCGGCGCGUGCAGCAGGAGCUGGGGGACGUGGUGGUCAACAUGCACAACCCCGUGGUGCUCAGCUCCACCUCUGUGCGCGUCACCUGGACGGUGGAGAAGCCCUCGCAGUUUAUUCAAGGUUACAGGGUUUUGUAUAGGCAAACGUCUGGGCUACCCUCUCCCGGGGCCUGGCAGAGUCAAGACCUGAAGGUCCCCUCUGAGCGUGACAUUACUCUGUUGGGCCUGAAGAAGGGCGUGGUGUACGAGAUCAAGGUUCGCCCGUACUUCUACGAGUUCCAGGGAGCCGACAGCGAAUCCAUGACAGCUCGCACCAAUGAGGAAGCCCCCAGUGCCCCUCCCCAGCAGGUGACGGUGAUGACGGUGGGCAGCCACAACAGCACCUCCAUCAGCAUCUCCUGGGACCCCCCGCCCACUGACCACCAGAACGGCAUCAUACAGGAGUACAAGAUCUGGUGUCUGGGCAAUGAGAGCCGUUUCCAUGUGAACAAGACGGUUGACGCGGCCAUCCGCUCGGUGGUUUUGGGUGGACUCCAGACAGGGGUGCAGUACCGAGUGGAGGUGGCCGCCGGGACCAGCGCUGGUGUUGGGGUGAGGAGUGACCCCCAGCCCAUCAUCAUUGGUGCUGAGCUGCAAGAUGUUAUGACGGGCGACGAAGGAGCCAAUAGCAUCACGGACGUGGUGAAGCAGCCCGCCUUCAUCGCAGGGCUGGGCGGGGCCUGCUGGAUCGUACUCAUGGGCUUCAGCGCGUGGCUCUACUGGAGGAGGAAGAAGAGGAAGGGACUGAGCAACUACGCAGUGACGUUCCAGAGAGAUCGAGACUUACUGGGAAAUGGAAGCCGUCCUGGUCUGCUGAAGGCGGGGGAUCCAGGCUUCCCGUGGCUGGCUGACUCCUGGCCCUCCACCAGCCUCCCUGCUAACGGCGCCCUGGGGGCUCCCAAGGACCGCGGCAACUACGGCCGCGGAGAUGUUCUGCCCGCUGGCGGCGGCGAGAAGACGGGCACCAUGUUGUCGGACGGCGCCAUCUACAGCAGCAUCGACUUCACGGGCAAGGCGGGCUACAGCAGUCCGGCGCGCGGCUCCCAGGCCACGCCGUACGCCACCACCCAGAUCCUCCAGUCCAACAGUUUCCACGAGCUGGCCGUGGACCGGCCGGACCCGCGCUGGAAGGCCUCGCUGCGCGCCCAGCAGGAGAUGGCCAGCCUGGGCUACUCGCUCACCGACAGCCGCAGCGCCAACGGUGGGAAGGCUGGGAAGAAGAAGAAGGCCAAGAGCGGAAGCAAGACCACCAAGAGCAACGGCAGCUGCUGGGCCAACAUGCCCCUGCCUCCCCCACCCAUGAACCCUCUCCCAGGCACAGAGGUGGACCACUACGCCCCCGACCACCAUGGAGGAGGAGGGUACGAGAGGGACAGCUGGGUGGCGCCGCUGCCCGUGCAGACGUACCUGCACCAGGGCCUGGAGGACGAGCUGGAGGAGGAGGAGGAGCGCGUGCCCACUCCGCCCAUGAGGGGAGUGGCCUCAUCCCCGGUGGCGGUUCCCUACGGCCAGCCGCCAUCGGCCUCGCUCGGCUCGGUCCACCACGAGGAGAUGCAGUCCAUGCUGCAGGCCCACCUGGACGAGCUGACGCGCGCCUACCAGUACGAGGUGGCCAAGCAGUCAUGGCAUAUAAAGGGCAGCCCGCUCCCGCCCAAGGCCCCCGCCCCUCCCGUAGGCUACGUGUCCAGCACGCUGGCCUCUGAUCUGGGACCGGACAUCAUGACUGACGGGGAGGAUGAGGAUGGAGACAGCGAGGAGUACGACCUGUCACGACCGCUGUGUAAGCUGGAGUACACGCCCGGGCGCAGCAUGGACAACAUGGAGGGUCCUGGCACAGGGAAGGCCUACUCCUCGCGGACCCAGCCCGACAGCCCCCUCUCCUCAGACAGUAGCCUGCUGGGCACGCAGAGCCUCGGCCACCGGAGGGCGCCACAGGCCCCACGCAAGCACCGGGCAGAGAUGACGGGCGCCACUGAGCCCCGCAGGGAGCCCAACCUCAGCGACGGGCGCUCUGCCGCCUCCGAGCCCCUCCACAGUGUGGGGGCACGCCUGCACGGCUCCUGGGGCACCAUUGGAUCGGACGCGCCCGACGAGUGCCUGGUGUCCACCCUGGAGCGACAGCACAUGGGACCCUGGGGCGGCUCCGCCUCCUCCUCCUCCAGGGGCACCUUGGGACGCGGCGUCCACCAGAGGCCCUUCGCCGACCAAUCAGAGAGCGGGCGCCUGGGCCUUGGCAGCAUGGAGUCGAACCACAGAGAGUUAUAAUGGCCCAUCUGAAUGAAGAACUGGACCUUUCACUGCCCCCCCCCCCCCAUCCCAGACAAGGGACUUCCCGCUGAACCUGUGCAAUGAAUCUCUCUCCUUCCUGGUGUCUCCCAGAAGAAGAAAGGAGGGAAAGAAUACAAAGGAGAGAGAGAGUGAUAGAAAGAAAAAAAGAGAUGAAAAGGAACUGAUGGUGAUGUACAGACACAUGGAUACACAUCUCACUAUGCGCCCUCCUGCCCCCCACCCCACUGCGCCCUUUGCCCCUCUUCCCUCUUGGAGAAUUAUCUCACAUGUUCCCCUCCCCCUCCCUGAGUUUUGUGUCACGAAAAUGUAAAUCACUUAUACAAUAUAAACUUGUUGUGAAUGACGUGGAAAAAAAUCACAGCUGUAAGCUUAUUGUCCCUUGCCAUGGAGGAAAAAAAGGGAUUUGUAUUUCUUGUAAAUAUGUUUUUAUUAAUAUUAUUUUGUUUGAUGUUGCUUUGCUAUGCAAGCCAAAAUCAAUUUUUUAGGUUUGUGUCUCUUUCAAUGGUCAUUUUGCAUCGUGUAUUGAUGAAACGUGGUGUCACAAUGGUUAAUUUUGUUCUUUUUUUUCAUAAAUGCUCUAAAUAUUUGCUAAGUUAUUAUGAAUAAUUGUUUACUUUGCACAGAACAUUUUUUUGGUGACAAGCACAACGUCUUCAGCUUUGGCUGACUCGUGGAAAAAAAGCGAAUGAUUAUGUUGAAAAGAAGUGUCUGUACUGAGGAGGAGUGGGGGCAGGGGGGAGGAAAAGAGUAUUAAGAGAUUUCAGGACAGAGCUUUUAUCAUCCUGCACUGUCAAUUGUAAGUGCAGUAUGGCAGUUUUGUAGGCAGGCUGUGACUACUGUGGCAGAAGAAUACAGAGAGAGAGAGAGAGAGAGAGAGAGAGAGAGAGAGAGAGGGAGAGAGAGAGAGAGAGAAUGACAAAGAGACAGAAUGAGAGAGAAAGUGUGUGUCUAUAAAAAACUUAUUUUAAGUGAGCAGUCGAUUGGUCAAUUGCUCAAUGGUUCUCCUUCAAGGAAAGAACACAAGGAAUGCAGGGCAUUGUUUGGAAGGCUCUGAAAAAGAAUUGACAAGGAGUUUUAAAGCUUCAAGAGUGCUUUAGGUAUGCAGCAGACAUGCUGCAGCAGACAUGCUGGCCUCUCUUCCAUCACUAAUGGAGGCCAUUGGUAUGGCGGGCAGAUAGCAGCUUGCUGUCCUUUUUCCCCAGCCUGGGCACAAUGAUGCAGCAGUGAGUACUGGACCAGGAGGGUAUUUGCCAGAUGUGUGAAGAUUAGAACACAACACAGAUGUGCGAGACAGAGAGAGAGCGAGACAGAGAGAGAGAGAGAGAGAGAGAGAGACUCCUGUAUGACCACUUCCCUGUUUGAUGUUUAGUUUGCAUGUUUAGCAAACUCUGUUCUGGUUUGAAAUUAAACUGACAGGAACCAUACAGUCACAUGUAGGGCAGUCACAGGUUACAGUUCUCUGGUCUGUGAAUCACCUGAACCAGUGAUAGAGAGAGAUUUCUAAUGUUUAUUUUUAUUUAAAAAAGCAAAUACCCCCCGGUAUGCAUUGUGACCUUGAGUCAUGAUGGUGUGUGCGCCAGUGAGAUUCACUUUUUCACCUCUUUGUACGGAUCUUUUGAUUUCUCUUUCUCUGUGCAGUUUGUAAUUAUCUCCACGUGUACAGAGUCGCCCUCGGCUGGCAGCUGGCUCUGGCCGGACCUGCGCGUCGGUCAGAUCCAGGAGCGGAGGCGGGCCGAGUCUGCGCCGGAGGCAACGGUGAGCCAGGGUCCUAAAACCUGCCGAAUCUGUUCUGCCCUCAGGAAAACACAGGCACUUGCAACGUGACCGUUUCUGAAGAAAAGAAAAACAUACAAAAAAAAAACAUGAACA